AUGAAGCUAUAUGUGGAAGCACAAUAUGCGAGCUCCCCACCUAGAGGUUGGAACUCCUAUGAUUCCUUUAGCUGGACCAUUUCUGAAAAAGAGUUCUUGGAUAGUGCUCAAUUCAUAUCUGAUCGUCUACUUUCUAGUGGAUAUGAGUAUGUUGUGGUGGAUUAUCUAUGGUAUCGGAGAAAGGUGGAGGGUGCUGACGCUGAUUCUUCAGGAUUUGAUGUAAUUGACGAAUGGGGGAGGAUGGUCCCUGACCCAGAUAGGUGGCCUUCCUCUGUAAAUGGAAAUGGGUUUACUGAAGUAGCCAAUAAGGUGCAUAGCAUGGGUUUGAAGUUUGGGAUUCAUGUUAUGAGUGGAAUAAGUACACAAGCAGUGAACGCAAACACCCUCAUAUUGGAGUCCAAAUCUUCUGGAGAGGCUUUUGAAGAGGGUCGCAAAAAGUGGACUGCACAAGAUAUAGGGAUUAAGGAAAGGCCAUGUUCAUGGAUGCCACAUGGUUUCAUGGCGAGAGCAGGAGCUGCCUUCUUGAGGUCACUUUAUACACAGUAUGCUGAGUGGGGUGUUGAUUUGGUGAAACAUGACUGUGUGUUUGGUGGUGACUUGGAUAUAGAUGAAAUAAGCGUUGUGUCAGAGGUUUUGAAGCAACUUGACCACCCCAUAUUGUAUUCUUUGUCUCCUGGAACCCGUGCAACCCCAGCAAUGGCCAAGGAUGUGAGUGGAUUAGUGAACAUGUACAGGAUAACUGGGGAUGAUUGGGAUUCAUGGGAAAAUCUUGUGCCACAUUUCGAUGUUUCAAGGGAUUUUGCUGCAGCUAAUAUGAUAGGAGCUACAGGUUUGAAGGGGAAGUCAUGGCCUGACUUGGAUAUGCUACCACUAGGAUGGCUGACUGAUCCAGAGUCAAAUGAAGGUCCACACAGAACAACUAACCUUACUCCAGAUGAGCAAAAAUCUCAGGUGACUUUGUGGUCUAUGGCUAAGUCUCCUCUCAUGUUUGGAGGAGAUGUGAGAAACCUUGACAACGCCACAUACGACCUCAUAACAAAUGAGAUUGUGUUGGAGAUAAAUUCCUUUAGCUCAAACAACAUGGAGUUUCCUUAUGUUACUAAUGGAGCUCGUUCUUGGAUUGCAACUGGAAGAGAUGGAGAAGUAUAUCUUGCAUUUUUCAAUGUAAACACUGAUCAGACAGAAAUAACUGCAAUGACAUCCGACAUGGCUAAGGGGCAUUGGGCCCUGAAGCCCAUUAUUUAUGUAUAUAAUGGACCUAAGGCCCAAGCCACGGACCGAAGAUGUUCGAGGAGGGAAUCUAGUCGUGAUAGUUGUGCAUGGUAUGCUAGCAUUUUUGGUUACUGGUAUGUUCGUUACACAUUUACAUUGUAUGUUAGUUACGUGUAUAGAACGGGUGACUCUCUUCCACGCUCUCUCUCACGGGAAGAACAAGAGGAAUUGGUUCGGAGUAAAAAGAAGGUGAAAGAUGUGAGUCAUGUGGGAUUUCAAGGUGGGCAAGAAGUAGGUACUGAACUACCAAGCAGUGGUCAAGGGGCUUGGAGUGGCUCAGCCUUUUUUAACGAUAAGCUGGUUGGUGAAAUACCAGGUGCAUUCUCGCAAGCCUUCUGUUUUGGUGAUAGUAUGGAUGAAGAAGUCAUCUCGGAUGAGGUGGUAGAGACUAUUCGUGAAGGGCUAGUUGCUGUUAGAUUCCCUCGAGAGCUCAAACGAUAG